CUGCGGUACACUUGGGGAUUCUGGAUAAUCGUUGAUUAUCCUCCCGGUCGACGAUAUCCAUCAGCAUUUAGCGAUUACAAGAUGCAAGAAGAUCUCUGCAGCUAUUUCAUGCUAAUCGACAGUACGGAGGAAACACACACAGCUAUCCAUGUGCAAUUGGUAUAUUGUAAGGGAAUUGUUAAGGAUUCUCACGAUACCACCGGCCAUCUUCCACAUCAGGGUCUUGUCCCAAGAGACUGUCUGUUAACAGUUCUGCUAGCAUCCUUCUGAAUCUUAAACUCCUAAAGGCGCUUUCCCACGAACCAACACAGCAACCGCUAAACGAUCCUGUAAAAAGAUUAGUGUAUUGCCCAUUGGUUUGUUUUGCCCACUGUGAUAUUUGUGUCGCAAUGUCGUUGAAACCUUUAGUCGACAAUUGCCUUCGUCUCUUGGGGCUUUUAGCGUUUUAUUUUUGAUGCGAAGGCACACAAUCCAGUUGUUCAUUUCGUCUUUGCUAUAUGAAUCUAAAAAAGAAGCCAGGAUUAGAUUUGUCGGGCAGCUUCAUUUCCCUUUUGUGGAGAUGGCGUGGAUCUUUGUACAAGCUGUGUUACAAGGAACUAAUAUGUUUUCUCGUCCCUUUUGGCAUCGUUAGCAUCAUCUAUCGUCAGGCUCUCGACGUCGAACAAAAAAGUCUAUUUGAACAGGUGGUUCGCUAUUGUGACAGAUACCUGAAUAUGAUUCCCCUUUCAUUUAUUCUGGGUUUUUACGUCACUAUUAUCGCAACAAGAUGGUGGCAGCAAUGUAUGGCUUUACCUUUUACUUCUAGAUUAAUGCUAACAAUCGCAAUGUAUAUUCCCGGAUGUGACAACGAGUCGAAGCUUCUACGGAAAACGCUCAUGCAGAACUGUAACCUGAUGGCUGUCCUUGUCUUCAGAUCAAUUUCAGAGUCAGUGCGGUCUCGCCUUAAAUCUCUUGAGGAUGUCGUCAAUGCAGGUUUUAUGACCUAUGCCGAAAUGGAAACCUAUAAAGCAGUGCAAUCUGAUGUGAACUUGUAUUGGCUACCCGGACUUUGGUUCUCACACCGACUUCGAGAGGCCCAAGCUCGUGGACGCAUUAUCGACUCGUAUGGAGCCCAGCUUAUCAUGAAGGAAUUGCUGGAAUUUCGUUCCAAAUGCGGCAUUUUAUGGAGUUACGACUGGGUUUCGAUUCCAUUGGUUUAUACUCAGGUGGUUACGUUAUCCACUUAUUCCUUCGUCAUAGCUUGUAUCUUCGGCCGCCAAUGCAUCGAUAAUGGAAGUAAGGAUAUUUCCAUUGAUGCGUAUUUUCCGUUGUGGACCGUGUUGCAAAUCCUCUUCUAUAUGGGGCUACUCAAGGUCGCCGAGCACAUGAUCAAUCCGUAUGGUGAAGACGACGAAGACUUUGAUUUAAGUUACCUUCUCAACAGGCAUUCGAAGGUCAUCAAUUUAGGUACAAGCAUCUUGACUAGUGACAGAUGUCCACCAAUGGAAGAUGCAUGUCUCCAAAUAGCAGCAGGGACUGGUAUUCAGACUCAUAAAACUGCUGAAAGGAUAUCACUGGAAAACAGAUUUACACAAAGAUUGACAGAGCUCUAG